GCUUCUGCGCUGCCUUUCGAAAUUGCGAAGAAGACUUUUAUCUUUUGACAAUUUUACAUGGAAUUUCACACAUUUCUUUUCARAUAAUGGAUAAAAACACUUAAAAGGAAACAGAUCAGACUCAGCAAUGUCCGCUAAAGGGAACGAACUUCGUAAGCUCAGCGAAGAGAGCCUUACACGACCACCUGAGGAAGUCUUCGAUGUUUUGGACAAGCUUGGAGAAGGGUCCUAUGGGUCUGUUUAYAAAGCAAUGCAUAAGGAAAGCGGGCAGGUACURGCCAUAAARCAAGUCCCAGUAGAYACGGACCUCCAGGAAAUAAUCAAGGAAAUCAGCAUCAUGCAGCARUGCGAUAGUCCUUAUGUUGUAAAGUAUUAUGGCAGCUAUUUCAAGAAUACGGAUUUAUGGAUUGUCAUGGAAUACUGUGGUGCUGGWUCUGUGUCAGAUCUUAUGAAACUGAGRAUWAAAACAUUGACGGAAGAUGAAAUCAAAUGCGUUAUGAAAUACACUCUCAAAGGACUUGAAUAUUUACAUCUUAGAAGAAAAAUACACAGGGAUAUCAAGGCAGGAAAUAUUUUACUCAACACUGAAGGUCAUGCAAAACUUGCUGAUUUUGGUGUYGCUGGACAAUUAACAGAUACCAUGGCCAAGAGGAAUACAGUAAUAGGAACGCCAUUCUGGAUGGCACCAGAGGUAAUCCAGGAAGUUGGUUAUGAUUGCCUGGCUGAUAUCUGGUCACUAGGGAUCACUGCUAUUGAAAUGGCUGAAGGGAAACCUCCUUACGCUGAUAUACACCCUAUGAGAGCAAUAUUUAUGAUUCCCACAAAACCACCUCCAACAUUCAAAGAACCUGAGAAAUGGUCAGCAGACUUCAAAGACUUUGUAGCUAAAUGUUUAGUUAAAAACCCUGAAGAAAGGGCAACUGCUUCCCAGUUAUUACAGCAUCCGUUUAUUCAGUCUGCAAAGAAUACAAAUGUUCUUCUAAACAUGGUGCAGGAAGCACUUACUAUAAUGGCUGAAGAAAGCAGUAGAGCAGAUGCAAAUGAGGAGGAGGAAAUAGAACCAUAUGAAGAAGUUGAUUCAAGUACUUUAAUAAAGGUGAAUAGUAAUGCUGGUGAUACAAUGGACAGCASUACAACAGGUCAAGGGACAAUGAUAGUCAAUUCUGAGGAUACAAUGAAUAGUAGUACCACAGACCAGGGCACCAUGAUAGUUAAUAGUGAAACUGGAACAUUAUUGGAGUCUGAUCUAGGAACAAUGGUUAUAAAUAGUGAUACAGAUGACGACUCUACAAUGAAAAGACUAGACUCUGAUGCCAAGCAAGAUUACCGUCCAUCCUUCAUGGAUCAUUUUGAUAAAAUAUUUGAGGGUGGACAAGGCAGUGGUGGUAAUAGUGGAAGUGGGUCAGGACAAWCUAAUGGACCUGAACCAGAAACUACAGUUGUUAAAGGAUACAUAGAUCCCUUUAGAAUAAAAAAGGCUGGGCCGCCUGACUUCGCCUUUCUUAAAGGCUCAAGCUUUGAGGAACUCAUGCGAAGGAUGCAGUCACUCGAUGUAGAAAUGGAAAGAGAAAUUGAGGAACUGCGAGURCGAUAUCAAAGCAAAAGACAACCUAUYCUGGAYGCCAUGGAAGCGAAGAAAAGACGACAACAGAACUUUUAACAGAAAAAAUGACAAGUAAAAAAGUUUACUGAUAGUUUUGAUUAUUGAAGUAUUAUGGUAACAUAAAGGUAAUCUUGUACCCAGAACCAAAAUUACAUUAUAAGCUCUGUAACAAAUAAUGAGACAAACUAAGACAAUAGUCUCUAUCAUGGGUUCCCUGUGCCAUCCUUGAAAGGCAGUCAUGCCUUUAGAGCCGAUUUCAUAUGAUUGUGCAAAAAAUACUGCAUCUUAGUGCCGUGUCUGUACCAUGCCGUGACGGUGAUGUAUUCUUGAUUUCUUAUUUUUAUUUGGGUCACUCAGGUGAGGUUUCAUGCUGCGCCGUGUCCGUGUUGUGAUCUGUGCCGUUGCACAGUCAUACGAAAUCUGCUCUAUACUUUUGAAGUGAAGUCAGUCAAGCCAUGAGCAUGCUAUGAUACCUGUGAAUAAUUUGUCUMUUGGUGUGAAAAGGUUUUUAUCAUUGUUUGCUCACUGGUCAUCUUUCUUUGAUGCAGAGGACAUUGCUUACCAUUCAUACUGGUGUAGAGAUCAUGCAACUGUUGCAAGAAAUAAUUUUUUGAAGUCAAACCCUUAGUAGUGCAAAAUAAUGACUURCCUCUUCUAGUUCAAGUUCCACUCUUCUUUUCACUCUUCUCUCGUACUAGAUGAUUGUACUUGGGUUGUGGGUGCAUGGUUCAUCAAAUUUCCAUUGCUUUUGUUUAAAACUGUUGAAUCUUGACUUGCACUAGUCUCUUUAACAGCCUCCCUUUUUGGGCUUCCUGUCCCUCUCAAAAGAGAGACAGGAAGGAGGGAUAGGAAGCCCAACAAAAGGGGGUGGGGCUGCGAAGGAGACUAGACUUACACAUAAUGUGUUUUCAUUGUGUCAUGUUGUGUUGCUUUGAAGCUCUCUUGUUUUCAAAAUCUAAAUAUAGUUUUUUCAUAUACUAAGAUGUAUGUUAAAUGUAACUAAGUUUAAAUUUCAUAGACAAAUAAUGUUGAUAACAAAACCUAAGAGAUAAUUAUUAUAAUUACAAAUAUAUCCAAGGAAGCAUACAAGAUUGAAUUUUUGGUACAGAUUUGAUUUUACCUGUCGAUUCAUGGAUUCAAACAAACAAUUGUCUCCUUCACAGUUGCCUUCUUCAUCGUUUUAGCCAGCCAUGUUAUGUACAYAGGAAGCAAGCUAGACAACCGUUGAGCAURCAGAGAUAGAMAUAAAUMAUUAUCYRUAGGUAUCUAUCAUUGCAGCUUGCAAGUCGUCUYUACCAAUUAUUCAUUUUGCUAUGUUCCCAUGAWWAWAYARGACACUGUGCUAAUCAUGGCAUAUUUUGGUUUGAUAACAAAUUUUCAUAUAAAAAAGCUUUGAAGUCUGACGUGAAGAAAGUUAUUGGGUUUCAUGGAGUAAAAUAAUGUGUACACAGCAAGCCCAAACAUUUAAACAGAUAAUAUGUUUAUGUAAAUAUAUAUUGAAUUAACUUCCUAGUAGCAUGCUUGUGAAUUUUGCCUGAGAAGUUGAACAAAGGAAUCAAGACGAGGUGCUGCGCAUAAAGCCCAGUCACUAUCACUGGAAAAAACGCACGCUUUAAGGUUGUAAAUUUGAUGUAAAUAUGAUGUAAGUGUCCAAAAUUCUGUAAAUUUGAUGUAAAUGAUUUCCAUUAAAUUUACAGAAUUUUGGACAAUUACAUCAUAUUUACAUCAAAUUUACAACCUUUAAAGCGCGCGAUUUUUUCCAGUGUAUUGAAAAACUAUUUUCAUCGGAAUGACUGAGAUUCUUGCAGGGCGCCCUGUCGUAAUACCUUUGUGUGCAACUAUACUGAGGUAAAAUUCACUGGUUAUUGUUUUUAAUUGUAGUGAUUUUGAAUACACUCGAAGGCGAUUAAAAAGAGAUAUUAGAUAAUAACUGGGARGGGUAAACCUUUCUUAAUGUAAUACCAAUCUCAAUGAUCCACUUACAAUAUUCUGGUUGAUUAACCAGCCAUUAAAGAACUGAAUAUGAAGCUUUAGGGAAACAGAAAGGUUACCUAUAUUUUCCCAGGAGCCUCGUCUUCAAUUUCUAAUGUUGCACAACAGUGCCCUGUGAAAACCGCUCUAAUUCUUCAUGGUCAUAGUUUUUGGUAUUGCAGUGUUAGAAUAUAUAGAUCGCCUAACUGUUUUUGUGCUUGCAUAUAUUAAUAUCAAGACUUCAUACUUGGUAUAAUAGAAAGAUUAUAUAACACUCAAGGUAUACAUGAUAUCCUUCAAUUUCUUGACCUUAACAUUUAAAGUUUAGCCCCACAUCCAACGUUAAUAAAAAUGAGUUUCUUUUGA